GAGGACGUCGAAGACGUCGACGCGGACGCUCCCUCGCCGGCCCCGACGCCGACGCUCCGCGGCGCCGUGGUCGCUCCGACCAUGCCGCCCACGCCACCGCCCACGCCAGCGCCUACGGCGCCGCCGCGCAACGACUCGCUCUUCUGCUUCACGCUGUUCAUCCCCAACACGUACGAGGAGGGGUUGCUCAGCAAGCAGCUGAUGGGCGGCGUCGGCGUGUUCGAGUGCGAGGCGUACGCGAUCUACAGCAACAUGUCCCACACCUUCGGCGAGGGCCACGAGCGGAGCGUGGACGCCAGGCCCCUCCGUCUCCAG